AAUCGUCUAUAAUCUUCUUCGUUCACCGAAUCUUUCUGGGUUAGGUUUGUUUGUUCCUUUGUUUCAAAAUCAGAAGAAGAAGAAGAACAAGUCAAAGACGAUACCACAACAAUGGCGUCCUCCAACCUCCUCCUUGCGAUCUUCGUCGCAAUUUUGCUCUCGAUCACCACCAUCUCCGCCGCACGUCCUUGCAAAACCUUCCUCAUCUCCUCCUAUUCCCUCUCAAUAACCCCAGAAAACCCUAACCUCGAAUCCGAUUUCACCUCGACUCGAUUCGUCACCGUCUUCACCAUCCGUCGUCUCAAUCCUCACCACGUCGUUCCCUUUUUCGUCAAUCGCCGUCACGAGACGCCACAGAUCCAACGAUCGGAGGAAGAUCGUUCCCAAUUGUCUCUCCCUCUGGGCUCCGAUAACAUCAAUUCGUUCAGAGAUCGAACGAGAGACAUUCUCAGCGUCGUCGUGGCUCUCUUGUUCGGUGUUGGUUGCGGUGCUUUGACCGCUGCUACUAUGUACCUUGUUUGGGCUUUCGUUGUGAACCGUCAGAGCUAUGAUUUUGAGGAGGAAGAAGAUGAUUAUGAGAAUGAGGAAUCUGAUGCUGCUAGCUUGAAGAAGUUGGGUUAUGUUAAGAUUCCAGCUCUGUGAAUUCAGUUUCUGCAUAUUAUCAUGAUUUACGUUUGUUUGUUGCUUAUCCUAUGUUGCGUUUACGAUUUGUUAUCCAAUCUAAAACUUAAUAUACUCUUUAAGUGUUAUUGCUUUACGAUUUGUAGUGGCUGUUUGUUAUAUAAAGUGUGAUUAUGAUGUUUCCUA